AUGCUGAUGAUGGGGGAAAUUGGAAUAGCUCAUCGGUUUCAAGCGAGAAAGGCAGCAUGAUUGUCGUGUCGACGACGACUACGACGACGACGAGGCAGUCUUCGGAGAAGAUGAAUUGCGGACUGAUGUGAAACGACGGAGAUCUGGAGAGCAACAACAACAACAACAACAACAACAACAACAACAAGGCAGUGGAGCAGCUGCUCUCGAAAAAAUGAAUCUGGCAUCUGAUGACGAUGACGAUGAUGACGAUGUUGUUAUUGACGAUGAUGAGAAUCUCGAUAAUCCCAUGCUAAACGAACCGGGGCCUUCAGAAGUCUUACUGAGAAGAGAUCCAACUCAUCGCUAUCAAAGCCGAAAUCACGUCCGCAGCUGGCGUGAACGUGCGGAGAAUGAUCGCUCCUGUCACUGUAUCUGACAGCAGCGUGCAUGGGCCGUGUCUGUAGCAUGGAAUCUAAGGCUGCCUUACCUAUACUCGUCCGCCGCGCCGGGCGAGAGUGGCAAAGACUAAAUUUCGCCGCUCUUGGAAAGGGAAAGACUCGUGGCACGUUCGGGAAAAAAGCGCCUGGUUUGCAUACCUCCUUAAGGAACCCCCCCGGAGCCAGCCCAGUCCUGUCAUCCGACCAAAAAAAAACAGGAAAAUUGCAGCAUCAACGUCAACAUCGAAACAGUACAGGUCUAUCCGGGCCCAUAACACCGCAAAAAAAGUCCCACAACAGCCUCAACCAGAAACUUCUUUCUGCCCGACCAACCAACCUCGCAACACAUGUCGUUCAGAAAAUACAUUACCUGAUCUUCGACAUGCAUUAUGCUUAUUACAAGGCGAACACACACACAUACAUCAAAUCUACCCAUCGAGCUCUACUCGGACAGUACAUGUAGUACCCCCCGAACUCUCUCAAGCGCCACUCGCGAAUCUCUUCAGCCUCGGUCCUGCCUCCUAGGUAUGCGAUGUGGGAUGUGGAAUAUCUCAGAAGCAGCAGCAGCAGCAGUAGCUCUUCUUCUCAAACCUCAAAAAAAGAAGGAAGACAGCAGGCCAACCCAGGCGGCAAAGUAGGAGGGGGAAUUUCCCAAAUCAGAAGAAGACCAAAGUGCCACUCGACAAGAAGAAUCAGAGCAACAACAACAACAACACCCAAUAAACAGCCGUACCAUAGCACAACCC